CGCCGGCAGGGGACGCGCGGCGCUGCGGCCUGGGGGGCGGCGCUGCGCCUGCGCGGGCAGUUCGAAGGCGAUGGCGGCUGAGGCGGCCGGCGGGGUGUCGGCGCUGGCGGACAGCUCCAGUAUUGCGGCGGCGGACGACGAGGCGUCUGGGCAGAAGCGGAAAGGAGGAAGAGUCGUGAGGUCCCGCUACCUGCAGUACGAUAAGGAGAAGAAAAAGGAUAGUUCAGCAAAUUCUUUUACAACUUCUACUGUUAAACCAUCUGAAAAAGGAGGGAGCCUACAAAACAGAUCAGUUCUUCCUCAGAAAGGCAAAACUUCUGCUGGUGCUGUCCCUCAUUCAUUAAAUCAGAGCAGUUUUGAGAAAGGUGACUUACAAUCCACAUUAUUAGAUGAAGAUAAAGUUACUCGACCUGACCUUGAUCUUUCAGCUAUUAACGACAAAAUUCUCCUCAAAAAGACUCCUAGUUCGAAGUCUGUUUGCAAAACAAGUACAGAGACAAGUGGAAAAAAGCAGAAUGUGAACUCUGAUUCUGGUGUUCUGAACGAAUGGCUGGAAUCUCAGACACUGCUUUUAACUUACCUAAGAGUAAAGGCAGGAAAAAAUCUUGCCCAGCUGGAGGAAAAAGCAGAAGAAAACUUGCUAAUGUUGUGUGAAGAAAAGGAGAGGCAACAGGAAAAGCUCUGUGAGUUGAAGCGUGAAUUUCUGCUUGAGGAGCAAGAGCAGAAACUUGAAGAUGUAUUAAAUAAACAGAUGGAAGUACUUGCUCCCCUUGUUCCUGUUUGUGAACAAUUUAAAGAGCAAUAUAAAAGCUUUGCAGCUUCCCUGGACGCCACUAGACAUGAAUUACCUGUGAAGAAUAUACACAUAGAGGGGGAUACACUAGCAUAUCUGGAUGAACUUCAAAAGCAUUUAACUGUCACACAGGAGCUUCUGGCAGAAGUUAAGCCUGGCUGUGCAGAAGAAAAUGCAAAAGCAUCCACUGUACUGAAAGAGCUUAAAGAAGUCUUUCAGGAACUGGACAAAGAGCUUCAAAGGAGCUUCACACAAGUGCAGAACCUGUCAUUUGAAGUCAGUAAAGAAGUUUCUCUGCAUAAUCAAAGAAUAUGCGAAGAGAACCAUGGACUAGAUGCUGUGAAACGUUGGUACUUCAACUGAACUUUUAUUGAUGGGCUAAUGAGAACUUACUGGAUUACUGCAGUCUUCCCUGCCUUGGAGUAAAUACUACUUUGUUGGACAUCCGGAAACUCAUACUGAACAUGAUAAACAAACUUCUGGCUGGACUGUGAUUGCCAGGACAUGAAAAGAGUUCCACAGCGGCAGAGGAUCUAACAGUUCUGAAUUGCACCACUGAGCCACACCAAUUAAGAGCAUUUCCAGUGAUUAUGUGAGCAUUCCUGUUCAACUCACAGAAAUAAUUUUAGAUUGUUUCCUCCACUGCAUUUGUGUGUGGUCUGUAAAGCAAGCACAAGAGGACUUGGUUUGCAGAAUAGUCUCAAAUGCUGCUCAUCAGUUUCUUUCAAAAUGUUUCUGUGUUAAUGUAUUUGCAAGACCUAUGCUGUUUCUUUUUCUGUGUAUGUACAAGAUCUAUCCUGUUUCCUGCUAUUUCAAGAUUUUAAACAUACGUUAAGGGAGCAAACACAAUUUUCUUCUAAGAAGACAUAGCUAACUUUUUGGUUUAUAUAGCUCGCAUAUAUUCAGAGACAGCCAGUGUGAUACCCAAACCUCACUUCUUGUUUUAAUAUACUGCACCCAAGAAAAAAAUGCAGUAGCUGAUUGAACAAUAGAGUUUUCAGGAUGACUACCCAAAAAGAUAUUGUUUGUGCCAGUUAGUCCUUUCAGCAGUCAGUUUUUGUUGCAUAGUUCUUCAGAACUUUUAGACAAUAUUUUGGUGAUUGAAGUGGAAGACAGAGAACUAUAGAAAUGCAGCACUGAUCCCAAGCUGAUAAGCCAUAGGCAAAGGCUGGUGAUUAUCAGCUUUACAGUAAAGCGAUAUUAGUAUAGUUAUACAUCUUCUGAGUAUGGGCAGAGUAAGCAUAAUAUCUGUUUGCCGAAGGCUACAUAGGCAAUACCCAAAGAUGUCGAGAGUCCUUAACCCUUUCUUGCUGCCUUCUCUGCCUUGAGAAAUUAAAAACAGCUUCACCUUAACUGAAUGAAAUUAAAUUUCUCAAAUGAGUAUGAUUCAUGUGAUAAAAGGAGAUUCCUCGCACCCUUGCCAAAUCUGGUACCCUCCUUAAUUGAACUGCAAAGCUAUUAUAUAGAUGGACUUUCUCUCUAGGUUAAAAAAGGAAUCAUCCCUUCCAACUCCUUACAGAACAAAGGUCAUAGAAUCAUGUAAUAGUUAGCAGAGCUAACUUUGAAGUAAAUUAGGUUGCUUAAGGCAUUAUCCAGCUGAGUUUAGAAUAACUCUUGAGUGGAGAUUCCACAGCCUCUCUAGGUCCCUUAUAAUUUGUGCCUAAAACUUCCACCAGUCACUAAGACCAUGCACAACUUGUAUUACAUCAAUUGUAUAUGGAGCCUGUAGCAAGUUAGAAUUCAUUAUAAUAGAAGAAAACAAAAAAGCAAUUUCUUAUUAAAUGCCCUAAUGACAGCCACUUACUUCUGAUUAAGCACAUUCCUGUUCUAAAUGAGUAUCUGCCCAUAUUAAUGGUUUAUUAGUACUAUUUCAGUCAUUUGAUAAGAAUUUAAAAUAUAAUAUUACACUGAAAGUUCAGUUUCUCCUGUUCUGUGUCAGAGUUAUAUAAUAAUCAUAUUGUCGAUAUCAUUAUGUGCUGCUCAGAUUAUAUUCUUAUUUUAAACGUGCUCUUUAAUUAACCUUUCCUUGUAAUUUUGUUCUAGAGAUGUUUGUAUUCCCAGGAGAUGGGAUCACUCUUGUUUCUACCAGUCUGUAUUGGAGCUGAUGUUGUAGUUUCUGUAAAAAGACAUUAUCUUCAUUGCUGGUAAGCUUGGGUUAGUAUGGCAAAGCCAGGAGGACACUUACUUUGCAGUUAGCAGUUUCUACAUUAGAUAUUUAUGUUUGGCUAACAGAAAGGAGACUGUUACAGAAACACAAAAAAAAGGGAGAACAAAACUAGCAGUUAAAGAAGUGGGUGUGGGUUUUUUUGCCAUGAAUAUAGUAUUGUAAAAAUUAACUAAGACCUUAUUCUUGUCCCAGCGUAUGGAAUGACUGACACAUGUUUUUCCAUUGGGAGGGAGGGGAAAUAAUGAUUGUGGUUUCCUUAAAGCUGAUGAUGAACUACUUGUCCCACUUUCUCACCUACCUUCUGUUGAAAUCUAGCGAGUACAGGAUUUAACAGCAGGAACAAGCCAUUAAUAGCUCUGUUUUUACUGCAGCAUUUUUUUUAUUUAUUUAUACAAUAUGUACAAGUGUUCCAUAAAUCUUUAACUACGUGAA